UCAGACUUUUUGCUCCCCUGGAACUAUAUUACUUCUUGUACAUUUAUUCUUACUAUAUUGUAUUAUUAUCAUUUACCUCGGGUUCCUCAGGUCCCCCUCUAGCCUGGAGUGCCUCCUGGCUUCCUCCUAUUAGCGCCAUUUUGCGGCCGUUUUUUCCCGCCAUUUUCGCGGCCGUUUUCCCGCCAUUUUCGCGGCCGUUUUCCCGCCAUUUUCGCAGCCGUUUUUCGUGCCAGCCCACUUCCAAAUCACGGCUGGCCUAAAAAAAUUUAGUCUCCGGCUUACGGCCAUCUUAAUUUUACCUCAUACCAUCUCACUGGGGAUUCAGUGUGACUGUACUAAUUAGCUGUUACUCCCUCAUUACUGGUUUUCACCCCUGGGCCUAUCUCAGACUACUAUUCAGUUCUCUCUGUGCCUCAUGUGGCUGGGUCAGUCAGGUCAGUGCUGCUGCCUGUUUAUUAUUGUGACCUGCAUUUAAGGGUUUCAACCCUGUGCGAACCGGGGUGAGCCCCCACUAUUAAUACGCUGCUUAUUGGGAGACUAGCUGUUGCAGUUCUCUCUAACUGGGUGAGCCCCAGUUUUUAAGGUCACUACUUUACCCUGCUGGGGUUUAUACUGGGCUUUGUUCCCAUACUAUUAAAACUGACCAUACGCCUGUUCUCAAGACCUGGGUGCCCGUUUAUUACUGUACCUUUCAGUGACAUACCAGCCGACCCUUAUUAUGGAGAAUUCCCAGAAUGUCCCUGUAGACUUCCAGGCUAUGAUUAACGCAGCUGUCGCUGCCUCUGUGGAGAAGGCACUCUCCAAGGCCCGAGCUUCGGCUCCUGACGUACCUAAAACUCGCAGGCGUCCACGGCACGAGUCGGAAUCCGACCUGUCCGACUAUCAGACAGGGGAUGAAUCCCGCCCUACGAAACGCCAUGACAAAGGCGAGGAGUAUACACCCAAACCACCCAAGGGUAAGACACCUGCCAAGCGUAAACCUGCCAAACUUCACACUCCGGCCCCGCGUCAGGAGUACUCUUCAGAAGAAGAACAGGACCCUACCCACUCCAUGUCAGUGCUAGAUGAGUGGCAAGCUGACGCUUCAGAGUCGGAUUACGACGCAUGGGGCUCGGACGAGAAGUCUGUUUCUGCUUUCAUGCAGGAGACCCUCCUGGGUGCGGUCCAGGCAAGAGGUAUCGAAGACACUGCUGACGCAGAACCUCCUCUUGACUCAGACACCAUUAUGGACCCCUCAGGUCAGGCGAUGUUCGAUCCUCGCAACAUACGACACCCCAGAUCGGGUGAAUGGUCGCCUCCAGAACACCUUUCCAGGUUCAUGCACCUGUGGCUCCGCAAACCUCUGGAGAAAGAGGUCCGCAACCGACUCAGGUCUGAAUGCCCACGCCCUUCCCUGCCGGAUAAGGUCGCUCAGACCCCAGAAUUUGACAAAGUUAUGACAACCUUUAUGAUGCGCAGUGGCAGAGACCCUCGACGGGGCUUAGAGAAAGGCCUAUGGGGCGCCCAAGAUAACCUACUGGAUUCCGUAGGCCCCCUGGCUCGCAUUAUGUAUCUGGCGGAUGAUGCCUACGCCAAAGCCGAUUCCUUCUCCACCGAGGACUUCAGGGAAUGGGCACAUGACAUUCGUGAGUGGGCACAACGUUGUUUUUGUUUCAUCGGAAACGCCAAUGUUACGCUCUCUUCGGAGAGACGAAAAGCAGCGUUAUUCCGUAUUAACGGUAAAUUGGCAGACCUUGGCACAAAAGAGAUUGGGCCCCAGGCGCAAGGAAAACUUUUCGGUGAACCAUUCCUCAAGGAAUUAAACAAACAUGUCAACGUGUUCACCUCCCUUAAUAAGGCGCAAUCCUCAAUGCGCAGUGUCUUCAGGAGCAACCCUACCAGAGGGGUUUUUGGAAGGGCUGGCCGGCAACGGGGCCGUGCCGCCAGCCGAUUUUGGCCUUCAGGCCCCCGUACUCAACCAACACCAUUUUAUCCGACAAGGGACUGUCAACAACGACCCUUUUCCAGAGGCUCGGAUAGAGGCCGUGGAAUCCGCGGACGCGGACGUUCCCGCUUUACUGCAGCGUAACCCUCUUCAGGUCCUCCACUGGUCGCUGGUUUGUUAAUCUUACGACCCGAUAGGAUGAGAUGAGAACUUUGUUCGGUCUUACCUCCAACCUCGUUUACCAGAAGUCUCCUCAAGUUCUACUCGCCAGAAACCGCUGUUACAGUUUUCGUUGAAUAUCUGGAUGUUCGAGCUCAACCUGGACUUUGAUGUCGCUUUUAGAAAGAGGAAGUGCACAGGCAGCAUGACCCUUAUAUACUAUGUGGCGCAGUGAUCUACUUGUUACUCUUUACAUUU